CAAGCCCCUGGCAUCCAAAGCCUGAUCCCACUAGAGAAAGCUGAGGCACAGCUCCUGUUCGUUGUGGGACAAGAUGACCGUGUUAUCAAAAGUCAUUAUGCUACUGAAGUCGGCAAGAUUCUGCAGGCUCGUGGGAAGGGAAAUUUUCAGAUUCUCUCCUGCCCUGGGACAGGGCACUGCAUAGACCCUCCCUUUUUCCCUUUGUACCGCAUAGGAAGCCACCCCGUGUUUCACAAGCGGGCAGUCCUGGGUGGGGAGCUCUGGGCUUAUUCUAAAGCUCAGCUUCAUGCUUGGUCACAGAUCCAGGCUUUUUUCAAAAAGUAUUUAAUUG